AUGGCUCCAUUAAUUCUGCACAACGUGCCAGACGAGGAGCUCUACAUUGGCGACGACGGCGUCCAAAGACCCUAUGCAAUGGUCUUCCCACAGCAAGACGGCCCGCCCGGGCGCUCGAGAAAGUCGACGGUCGAGACGGGUUCCUUCGGAAAAUCCACGCGACGUUCGAGAUCGAAAACAGGCACGCCGGCUAGGAGAGAGGACGCAACUAUAGCAGCAGCGGACCGCGUCUUUAGCAGUUGGAUACAGAACCAAAACCAAAGUCAGAGCCCUGUCCCGGCCAACCCGACCGAGGCUGGCCAGCGGAAAUCGUCACAGCCGGGGCUCGGGGCAACGCUGGACGAAGGAACCGCCCUCACGACCCGCUUCGCCACUAAACGAGAGCCUACAGAGGUCAUACUUCGCGGCUACCGAUCCCCUAUUCAGCAGUAUGCUGCAAUCAAUCACUUCGAGCAGCUCGCCGGUACUAUCUGUGAGGACUACUCGCGCGAGCCCCCCGUCGAGAGCAGGCGGUACAAGUCAGAGCUGCGCGACCCCGCCUUCACGAGACGGCGCGCCCUGACGCCCGAAGAACGCACCAAAGUCAACAAGGCACACAGCGGGGAGCACUGGGUCAAAGUCACGUUCGAGUCUGCGGAAGCUGCCGAGGCGGCCAUGUUCACAUCUCCCCAAAGCAUCCUCGGUCAUCUCGUCUACGCGGAGCCGUACCACGGCAUCCCACCCUCGCGCGACGAAGCAGUACCCGAUGUACCAGUCAUGACUGAAAUCCACGACAACCACGCAUUUACUAGAGCCAUGAUGAACUCGGACAGCUUCGAUUUCUCACCGCCACACUCAUAUUCCUCGUCGCGGACCGCCGACACCACGACCGUGACGUCAGCCUCAGGAGGCACCACCAACACCGUGUCCUCGGGCACAGUCACAAACGGGAGGGGUGCAAGCACUGGCCUCGACACCGAGCUCCUCAACCAACACGAACAGCAGCGGCAACAAGAACAGGAACAGCGGAACCCGGAAAAUGAGUUCUGCCGGGCCAUCCCCACGGUGCGGAAGGUUAAGCUCCUUCCCGUCGAGCAGGCUCUGCUUCCGGCGCCCACGUACACGCAGCGCGCGCUCAACCACGUCCCCUUCUUCCGGUACUUCAGCGGCUCCAUGAUCGGCAACGAGGUGCCGCGUACCGACGCGGGCGAGUUUGACUGGGACAAGGCGAGCCUGUACUGGAAACUUAUCUGGUGGCUGGACUCGGCGUUUGGGCUCUUUGGCGGCGAAAUUCUCAACGCCGACAAGGAUGACUGA